AUGGCUCAAUUUUUGCAAAAACGGUUGAUGUUGCUCAGGCUAUUGGAGAAGAUGGCUGCCACGGGCUAUAAUUGGCCCUCAGAACGAUCUUCAUCUAGAGUGGGUGGGAUUUAUGAACUUGAAAAGGUAAAUGCUUUAAAGGCACAGAUGGCUACUUUGACGAAUGCCAUUAAUCUCUUGUCCACAGGUUUUUCUGAAAAGAUACCAUCUGUGAAGGCUUUGCUUGGGGAUUUCAUAAAGGAGUCAAGGAGCAGAACCAAUUUCUUGGAGAGCAUAGUAACGAGUUAUGGGAAAGCUAUCCAGAACCUUGAAGUUCAGCUUCACAUAAAUAUUCCUUUUGUCGAUGCUCUGGAACAAAUGCCAAAUUAUGUGAAGCUCAUAAAGGAAAUGUUGUCUUCAAAGAAUAAGUUUGAAAAGUAUGAGAUGGUUAGCUUAAAUGAGGAAUGUAGUGCUAUGUUGCAGAAGAAGCUACUGCAAAAAUUGAAGGAUCCUAGGAGUUUUAUGAUCCCCUACACUAUAGGGAAUCUGAUGAUAAACAAAGCUUUAUGUGAUUUAGGAACUUCAAUUAAUCUGAUGCUUUUAUCAUCAUAUAGGAAACUAAACAUAGGAGAGGUACAGCCGACGACGAUAUCAUUGCACCUAGCAGAUCGUACCCUCACUUACCCUCGUGGUGUAGUAGAGGAUGUUCUGGUUAAAGUCAGUGAUUUAAUCUUCCCAACAGAUUUUGUGGUCCUAGAUAUGGAAGAAGAUUCUGAAAUUGCCAUCAUCCUUGGAAGUCCAUUCUUAGCCACAGGCAGAGCAUUGAUUGAUGUAUAUGAUGGCGAGCUUACACUCCGGGUGAAUGAUGAGAAUAUGACAUUCAACUUUUUGUGUUCUUCUAAGUCCAAGGAGCCUAUAAGUUGUGUCAAGAGAUAA